AUAAUUAUCACAUCUAUACCUCUGGCUCUUGUUAUUAUAGAGCCUUGUUAGAGAUGAGCUCUCAGUGCUUACUUAAGCAAUUCUGCUCGGUUCUAGUCAGACCAUUUAAAGACUCGCAUAUGUCAUAUUUUUCGUCUGUUUAUCUCUGAAGUUUUGUAGCAGGUAUUUCGCGCAGUCAUCCAGGAUGGUAUACUCUCUUGACACGUAAACUUAGAGGGAAAUGAAAAUAUCACCGUAAGGACAGCUUCUUCUCAUUAUGACAAAACCGGUCGCCUACUGCAAGUUCGUUCUCAACUACCCCAAACUGUCAUUCGCACUAGCUCUCAGUGGUCACGUGCUUGCUAUCAUGGUUACCAUGGUGCUUCAGGGUAGUGGCUAUGACAUCCUGCCCAUGGACUUCACCAAGGUUCCAAUGGAUCUGUACACAGAUGAGACCAGGCUUCAUCCUGACGCGUGGAACGAGGCAGCAAGCGACUCGCGCGUUAAUUGGCAAAUAAACACUGCAAGCCGGGUCCAGGACGAAAGGUCUCAGCGUCAAGAUGUGUUGAUACUCUACUACGAAAGCCAGAACAAAGCGAACGUAAUAACCAAGGAGAACCUCAUCACUAUCAAGAACUUUGAGGAUUCUUUAUUCAACAAUUCUGCCUACCAGUCCAAGAUAUGCUGGCUGGAGAAGAACAAAGUCUGUAAGAAGCCCCUCUCAUUGGUCCGGUUCUUUGACGGUACAUUUCGUGCACUCAAUCCAGUGUUCUACGACCCGAAUUUUGAUAACAUUCCAACAAUUCUUGAAGCAGCCAAGGAUCUCCCUGUCACAAGAGGUAUUAUUGAAUUCCAGCUGGGCAAAGAUGCGUCUGUUGGAAAUGGAAAAGCGACUGCAUCGAUCAUCCGCUCUAGCCUGUACGCAGGGUACCCACUGAAAGGGUUCAGAAACACCGCGGAUCAAUCACUGACGCAGGAAGAGAAAGCACGAGCCAAUGCCAAAGAAGCGUUCAGCAAAAUACUGGAUUCCACGUACAAGAAUGGACUCGGAGGAAUGAGCUUCCGGUACAACAUGCAAAUACUGUUCGCGGAAGCUAUCGAGUCGUUGGUGAUUGGUGACCUGCUACUGGUAGUCGCUAGCUUUCUCUUCAUCUUUAUCUUCAUGCUCUGCCAGACGCAGUCCCUUUGGAUCACAAGCUGGGGUCUCUUCAGCAUCGUCUCGUCGUUCUUCGGCGCCAAUCUUAUCUACCGGAUCGUACUGGACUAUCGUUAUGUGGGCGUCUUCCACGUCCUUUCUGUGUUCAUCAUAGCUGGUAUUGGUGCCGAUGACGUCUUCGUGUUCCUCGACACAUGGCGUGCCGCCAAGUCCACGCAUCGUGACCAUUCCUUCCUGGACAAGCUUUCAUUCACGUAUCGUCACGCAGCGGGCGCCAUGUUGAUCACGUCAACUACUACAUUCGUGGCGUUCAUGUCUAACGCUCUCUCUCCGCUUCUCGCGGUCUCGAGCUUCGGCGUCUUCUCUGCCUUGAUCGUGAUGGUUAAUUACUUAUCUGUUAUAAUCUUCUUCCCGACGGUGGUGGUGACGCAUGAGCUGUUCUGGACAAGCUGCAAAUGGCCUUGCUGCAGACUUCGAUGCUGCCGACACCGCAACAAUGAGGUUAGAGACGCUUCUCUGGACGCCGAGCAACCCCGGGACAUCACACAGACCAUAGCACAGUUCCUCGGCGAUGUGUUCUACAGCAAAGUGGUAAUUCAUCGUAUCGUGCGAUGGGUGACAUUGGCGCUCUUUGUUGCCUUAGUCGUGUUGGCUACUGUCUUCGCCACCAAGCUCAAGCCAGACGAAGAACAGAUUGAGAUAAUAGGGCCAGGAACCAACUGGUAUGACGUCAGAAUACUUCAAAACGAGGCUUUCCCUCCAAGCAAGGAGGACCGCGUGGUGAAGGUCUAUAUUGUGUGGGGGCUGCAGACCCGUGACCGCAGCUCCUGUCACUUUACGGACUACAAGUGUACAGGGUCCGCGCGGUUUGACGAGAGCUUCGACAUGAAUCCUCCUCCCUGCCAGACCGCUAUGCUGAAACUGUGUAAGAAGCUGAAGUCACUUCCCGCCAAAGAUAUUGAUGAGAUGAAGAUCCGACUGGACCCGGUCACCAUGAAGCCUGUUGUACGGUGUCACGUGGACGCCAUGGAAGAUUAUUACAAGACCGAGAGCCUUAACCCUAAAUACCCGAACGAAACCACUUUCAAGAUACCGCUGACCAGCAACAAAGUGUAUCAGCUGAUGCGGUACAGCCCUCCGCUGUACAACAUGUCAGCGGUCACCGAUGACUUUUACCGGUACUAUGAGGUGGCGCUCGCUCAUUGGUUGACUCGCGGCAACACGACUUACACUGACGACUAUGACGAGUACAGUGGGCUACUUGGAGGAGAGAUCGACACGACUGCAGUGGACGAUGGGACAUUUCAAGGUGGACAUUAUGGUAAUCACCUUCUGUAUACGUCCUUCGUGAUCGACACAAUUCUCACUAACAAGGAUCUGGCAUACGCUACAGGUUAUCCUGUGUAUAGAGCCUGGGAAGACUUUGUUACAAAGGAGAUGGCAACAUUUCCACCAACCUGUAAAAACGCCUUCCAAACCACGCCCCUUCCUCCAUUCGCAUGGCACUGGAUGAAAGUUCAAAGGGUUCUGGUAGAAAAUGCCACCCGUGGUAUCCUUAUCAGCCUUUGCCUCACCUUCCCCAUCUUGCUGCUGAUGCUGGGGAACUGGGCCGUCGCCCUUCUGUGUAUUCUCACCAUCUCCUGUAUCACCGUUGGUGUCAUCGGCUUCAUCACGAUGUUUGGUUGGAAACUCGGAGUCCUCGAGUCUCUAAAUCUUACGCUCGUAGUCGGGCUUGCUGUGGAUUACGUGGUUCAUCUGGCGGACUGCUACGUCAACUGCCCGUCCGCUUGCAGACUGGAUCGAGUCAAGUUCACGCUAGGUCACGUGGGCAUCUCAGUGAUUUCCGGUGCCUGCACCACGUUGGGAGCAGCAAUGUUUAUGUUUGCCGCUAAAAUUCUAUUUUUCUUUCAAUUUGGGGCUUUUAUAUUUUGUACGAUAGGUCUAUCCCUUUUGUUUUCGCUGUUUUUGUUUACGAUCCUUCUGGGACUGGUCGGACCACAAGGGUCCUUUGGGUCCCUGGCCCCUUUUUACGAGUACAUAAAAGACUGGAUGCGAGGGAAGGGUAAGAAUGAUGUCCCUUGUAUGCAGUGUGACGGCAAGGGUUUCCAUCAUUCCGAGAAAAAGACAUGUGAUAAUAACAAUCCAGAUUUCUAACAGAAACUAGCCUCACUCUGUAUCAGUUAUGUCCUAUAUAAAUGUAAAUAGAGGAAAUCAUUGAAUCAAACCCGUGAGACUCUUAAACUAGCUGCUUGGGGACACAGCCAGGCCGUACUGGUCAUUUCCUUAUAAAAAAAAAUUAGAAAAAAUAUUGAGGGGGACAUGUGCCCGCAGUGCCCCACCCCCUUGAAGGGGAGUAAGCAGUCAUAGGUGUCAUGGAAAAAGGAUGGUAUUUGAAAAUUUCUUUAAUAAGAAAUGACCCACUUUUUGGCCGCCAAUAGGAGGUGUGCGCGCACCCUGCGCCUGUUCCCCAGUAUAAAAGUCCCUUUCAUGGGAAUUCCUUUCUAAACGUUACACAGUAUUACAAGGAAACAUGAGACAAAAGUUAAAUAAUGUUUUAAGGCUUUCGCAUUUGCUAAAAAGUACUUUUUACAUCUUAUCGUAUCUCUGUGCAUAAAAGACAGUAAAUGCUAACCCAUUCUUACUCUGCCUGGCAGAUAUUGAGAGCAGUGUCCUUUAGAAGGAAUAAAAUAAUAACCUUUCAAAUUAAAAAAUCACUUGGCACUUUGGGCUAGCUCCACGGUCAGGCUAACUCCAAACGUUGAGUUAUUCAUGAGCUUUAUUCAAUACAAAUGCAUGCAAAUGAACCAAGUCAUGUCAGUCGUGAAAUAGAGUAAAUGUUUGUGGUCUGUAUUUUGCUAUACACUCUUUUUUAAUAAGAACCUUUUUAAAAAGAACGUCCAGGCUAAGAUUUCACCAAAUUUUAAGAUCUAAAAACAUGACGAGGUUCAGAUUGACCGCGGUGAUUCUAGAUACUAAAAUUUCUUAGAUACUAAACAGAUACUAAUCAGAAACUAAUCAGAUACUAAACAGAAACUAAUAGCAAGGGGGUAAUUAUUGAUAACAAAAAAUAUUCAAAGUUACCUAUUUUUUGCAUAAAAUUAUAGAGUACGGCUGGAGAUACGAUUUUCCCGCUAUUUAGCGGAUUUAUGCUAAAUUUCUAUUUCAUUCAUCACUAGUGUGAAAAAAUCAAAAGGCGAUCCUACACAUACACAUAGUUUAAAACAACUGAUUGUUUUUUGUUUGAACAGAUCAGAAACUGGUAAAAAAAUUAUGCAGAUCCCGUCUUUCGGAUGAUUUUAUUUAAUCCCGGUCAAUUCGAGUGCAGUUUAUAUUUAACUCUCCAUAAUUGUUGCGAUGUAGCGCAGUUGCUGUAGUUUAUGUAGCUAGCGUGACUUCCAAGCGCAUGAUCCCAGUGUGACUUUCACUUGGGUGGUCUUCAACGUCGACAACAUUUGUUAUGUCGGCGCCAAAAAGUACAAAAGUAAACGUUUGCUGUUUAAAAAUUUAGCAAUAAUAUAGCGCUGAAUCGAUAUAGAAACGUUUCAGAAAUGAAUAUUAUAGCUAUUUCAUUGUGUAUUGCAUAGAAAUUUGCAUGCGCCUAAACCAGAAACCAGACACAAUAUUUUUAUCAGACAUUAGUUUAGGAUCCACACAAAUUACAGAAGUUGCUGUACAUAAUUUUAGAAACCGUAAUUAUAAUGCUUUUCCAUCGAUUCUAGCUGAUUUUACUCGGUAAAUAGCUAUUUUUUAUUUUAUUUUUUUUUAUAAAGUACCCCCCUGACCGUUUUUAGUAUUUGUUUAGUAUCUGAUAAGUAUCUGAGUGAUUAGUAUCUAGGAUCACCGCGGUUUCAGAUAGCUGCUAUAUAUUACCUUAUUAGUCAGAUGUGUUCUAAAAUGCAGAGGAACGUGUCCAAUGUCGAAUGAAAAUGCAUUUACACAUUAUGAGAGACCCAAUACGCCAAAGUGUAUUAUUGCCCAGAUAUAUGUAUAAGUUGAGAAACACUUCUCUUAUAUUCUUAUAUGUUUACUACUGAUGCAAGCGUUUUCAAUUUGUAUUCAGGUGUACUUGAGAGGAAAAUUUGUGGGAAGCAGUAAAGUACGUAAAAUCGAACAAAAGCCUUUUACACUCAUUGUAUAUAGAAAAAAUGUGUCAUCUAUGUAGUUUGAAUGAGAUUCCUAUACUAUUUACACCUCAGAGUAACUGACGCAUAUUUCACUUUCGUAUUAUUCUAGUUAUAUCUGAGUUUAGCGGGAAUUCUAGACUAAACAAUUUCAACUUUAAAAAACAAAAACGCUCUUGUUCAAAGGCAGAACAUGACUCGUUCCGAAGACAAUGAAUAAAUAAAAUUGAUACCUUGA